AUGAAUAAUCACGAUGCUGAAAUUGGAAAAGAUGACGUGCUGGACUUUGAGAGCCACAAUUCUCAUAUACCUAUUGUUGGCAGCAAACUUCCAUGUUCUUCUCAAUCAUCACGUGUGAAUAAUGUUCGAAAUGAUGAAACCGAUUUUUAUAAGGGAAUGACAUUCAAGAACAAGGAAGAACUGGCAAAUUCAUUGAAAAUUGCUUGCUUGAAAAAAGAUUUUAGACUGAAAAAGGGCAUGAAGUAUGCUAAGUCUAAUGUUAGCGGAACACAUGAGCACGGAUAUGCAGUGUUUAAUGCGUACCGUUAUAUGCUUGAAGUUGCAAAUCCAGGAAGUAAGACGGUGUUGUCGCUCGAUGAAAAUGGGAGCUUCAAGUACUUCUUUGUAUCAUAUGCCGCUUGGAUAACUGGUUUUCAAGAAAUGAGAAAAGUAAUAGCCAUUGAUGGAACAUUCCUGUGGAGCAAGUAUGAAGGAGUUUUGCUAUCGGCGGUGGCACAUGAUGCUGAGAAUCAUAUAUUUCCAGUGGCUUUUCUGCAUCCAAGUAUUCGAAAGAUGGUUUCGACUAUCUACCCUGCAUCUCAUUAUGGUUGUUGCAUGAGACACCUUGGGGAAAAUAUUCGAAAUAACUUUCACAAUUCAAAGGUAGUGACCCAUUUUUAUAAAGCAGCAAAGGCGUACGAUAGAUGUGAGUUCAAUGACCAUUUCAAUCAAAUAAGAGAUUUGGUACCAAAGGCGGCUGAAACUCUUGAACGUAUUGGAUUCCACACAUGGAGAAGGGCAUUUUACCCGGGAAAUAGAUAUUACAUUAUGACGUCAAACAUCGCGGAGUCGGUGAAUUCUAUGUUUGAUGUUGAAAGAGAAUUUGCCAUUGUUGCUCUAUUUGAUGAAAUAAACAGGAGAUUUGCAUUUUUAUUUCACCAGAGGCGUAUGGAGCUGGUGAACUCUGCAAAUAGAUUUGUUCCUUCAAUUGAAAAAGACAUAUCAAAGUAUGUCAACGCGGGCAACAAGUUGUUGGCUCAUCAAAUCGCUAACUACAAGUUCAGUGUAAUUGGUCAUGGUGAUGUUGCUACGGUGGAUCUACAAAGAAGAACUUGUACUUGUAGAAUUUUUGACUUGGACAAAAUACCUUGUCCACAUGCCAUGGCAGUGCUUCGAGCCCAAUAUGGUGCCGAUUUUGGAAAUUAG